AUUCUGCAGGAACAUUCAAAAGAAAGAAAAAUGGAAAGUAAUUAGUGGAGAAAAUUGUGAGUUUAAAGGUAUGGAAAGGAAAGAUAUGACUGGUUUUGGGAAAGUUGCAGAUUUUUCUCUGAGAUCGCUCUUUGAUAAAACAAUGGCUGACAAAAAGCCUCAACAGCAGGUGUCAGAAGUUGAGAAAAAGACUGUUCCUCCUUCAAGUGCUGAGACGAGAGAUGAUUUACCUUUUAGUCUAAAGAGUAGGUCUGUGGUCUUUAGUAUGAAGGCCUUGAUUGAAAAAGGGAGAACAAAGUACCGCGAAGAAAAGAAAAUAGAGCAGACGCCAACUCAGACACGUGAAAAAAGUAAACAGCAGAAGGAGAAAUAUCUUGUGAAUGUCCUGAAGCUUUGUCCAGCUAAAAAAAUUGCAAAAACAGUAUCAGACUGCCAGGUAACAUUAGAUUCUGACAAGGGGCAAGACCCAACAUAUGUACCAACUUGUGCUGCCAAUCCAAGUUUAAUAUCGACCCCAAGUAAGGAGAUGAAGAGUCAUAGGUACAGUAUCCUAAAACGACUAAAGACAAGUAAACCAUAUGAGAAGGGUAGAAUGAACACUGCGUCAGAAUCAGUACUGCAGCAGCAUAAGGAAACAUACUCUCCAUUCAGCAAGUACAAACUCCUCUCAAAUAAUAAUUGUGAUCAAGAGAAGUUUACAGAAAUACAGCAGUGCCUUCAGCGCACGGCAGGACGAGCACAGACUGAUAAGGAAGCACUGUAUUCAAGAAACUUCUGUUAUCAAGGCUCCUCAAUGCAAAGAUAUUUGAAGCUGAGUUAUGACCAACACAAGCUGAUGACAGAGAAGUACAGUCCUGGCUUCAUAGACACUCACUGCCAUCUUGACUUCCUCUUUAGCAAAUGCAAUCACAUUGGAACAUAUGCAAAAUAUCAGUCAACGCGUGAGGGUCAGGAUGCAUUUCCUGUUUCCUAUGAAGGAUGCAUAGCCAACUUUUGUCAGCCUUGGACUUUCAAAAGGAUAAGUUGGUGGGAGAAUUUUCUGGCUGAGUCUAAUGUGUGGGCUGCAUUUGGCUGUCAUCCUCAUUAUUCAAGUAGCUUUGGAGACGAAGAGGAAGGUUACUUAAGGCAUGCACUGCAGCACAAAAAGGCUUUGGCUCUGGGGGAAAUUGGUCUGGAUUAUUCUUGCAAGAAUAACCACAGCCGAGAACUGCAGCAGAUAGUGUUUCGACGCCAGCUGAAAAUCGCUUUAGAGUUCAACAAACCUCUUGUGAUUCACUGUCGAGAUGCAGAUGAGGAUUGCAUAAAUAUUCUGAUGGAGAUUGUUCCUCGAGAUUAUGUGAUACAUCGCCACUGCUUCACAGGGAACUGGAGAGAAGCUGAGAGGUGGUUAAGCACAUUCUACAAUUUAUACUUGGGGAUAACAGCAUUGGUUACUUACCCUUACACUGAGAGAGGAUGCAAUGUUCAGGAUGUUGUGUCUCAGAUGCCCUUAAACAGGCUUUUACUUGAAACUGAUGCUCCAUAUUUUAGGCCACAUUGCUACCAGGGUCCAGGCCGUUGGUCACAUCCUGGCAUGGCUAUACAUGUAGCAGCUCAGGUAGCUUCAUUGAGAGAGAAGAGUGUCCAAGAAAUUUUAGCAUUCACUAGACAGAACACAAAGAAGGUCUAUGGGGUGUAGGAAAGGCAGUGGAUAUACCUUGGCUGUCUUGGUAACUGUAUUUGAUUGUUUUGCACAUGAUGGAAAUAUUUUUGGAUGUAGAGUGUUAUUGUUAAUACCACUUUCCUUUCUUGUAUCUUGGAGAAGUUACUGAAUUAAAUGGAUACCGAUGUUUUGUUGUGCAAUAGUUGUGCAAUGUAAAGAUAUGAGUUUAUUGGAUUGAAUAUCAUAUAUGGGUUUCUUCGCACUGUUAUUAGAAUAUUAAAAGAAUUGUUUGGUU